AUGUUCUCAUCGUUUACCUUUUUAUUUCACAAGAGUGGAUAUUCAAGAGGUAGGAGAGUCGGAAACAUGGCAACAUAUUUGCUGGAGCAUCGACAUACAGCGCCGAAACUAUGCGUCUCACUUUUCGUCUUACUGCUUUUUGUUGUUGGCUCCAUCACGGCUCUCAGCGUCGGCGAGGCGCGGCUUGUCAGAAGCAACACCGCCGCGAAAGAGGAGGUAGAAGACUAUACAAAAUACUACAAUUAUGUGGAAAUGACCCGGCUACUGAAGUUCAUGGCCAUGAAAUACCCUCACAUCGCCAACCUGUCCAGUAUAGGCCAGUCCGUGCAGGGCAGGGAGUUGUGGGUUAUGCGAAUCACAAAGGACCCCAACGCUGACGUACCGGGAAAACCCAAAUGUAAAUACGUGGGGAACAUGCACGGGGACGAAACUAUCUCGAGGCAGGUAUUGGUGUACCUUGUGGACUACUUACUGACGAGGUAUGGAGAGGACCCACGUAUCACGGAGUUGGUGACGAGCACGGAUAUUUACAUUAUGCCCAGUAUGAACCCAGACGGGUUCGAGAGGUCAAGAGAGGGGGACUGCAGUGGCGACGCAGGGGGUCGUUCCAACGCCAGGAACAUGGACCUCAACAGAAGUUUUCCUGACCAGUUUGACGAAAUCAACGUCCAGCAAGAGGAUAUUCCCGAGGUUACAGCUGUCAUUAAAUGGAUCCUGGAGAAAAAGUACGUCUUUCUUUCUCUGGUCUAUUUACAUAGACCUACAUACACCAUGAUUUGUGUUUGUUUAUUACAUUGUUUAUAACCUAAUUCAGAUGGUGAGAUGGGGCUCAAAUGUAUGGGCUACACCAGGGGUAGGCAACCCUUUUCCUGGAGUGGAGCAGGUACUGCAGAAUUUGGUUCUGAUAAAGACAUUGCACCUGACCAACUGAGAUAAUUGAUCACUUCACUAAUUGCCUAAAUUCAACACACCACACCUGUUCUUCCAGGUCAGUUAAAUAAAAAAUAUGAAGUGACUGCGGCACUCCAGGACCCUGGGCUACACAGACAUCGCUUACUGCAAAUGGUAACUGCUGCAACCAAGGGCUUUACUGGAAGCCUGCAUCUGUCAUUGUUCCCAUUGUUCUGAAGCACCUCCUCAUGGACCCCAAAUACCACCUCCCUCCCCCCGAAGGAUCUCUCCAUUUACCUAAGGGCCCACUGUUGCCAGCUAACAGUUGGGAAUGCCCUCGAUCAACAUCAGACUCCAAAAGGCCAACAUAAGUAGCCUGCCAUGCAACUUUAGGCUGGCCACCUUUGUCUAAAGACCUGUCAAAACAAACGCUAUACCCCCUCUUCCAGCUGUCACUAAACAAACAGCUAAUGAUGUCCUGUUAUUGCAUAUAGUUUAUUUUAUUAAAACACAGGGGUUGUCUUUAUAUGGAAAAAAAAACAUGUUUUAAAAUUUCGACCAAUUGAUUGGUCGAUGACUUUCGGUCGACCAAGGUUUAGGUCGGGGACAGCCCUACCUGUUAUUAACCUGUAUUACAAAUCAGCCCUUCAGCUAUACAGUCAGAACUAUGCUAUCUUAUGUGUUGGUAAUAUGUUUGGUACUACUGCAGGAUAUGUUACUGUUAUAGUUCCCACCUGCUGUGUAGAACCUCCUGCAUGGACAGGAAAUCACUGUGUUAUCUAUGGGAACACAAUAACCCACAUCAAAUCAAAUUUUAUUUGUCACAUGCGCCGAAUACAACAGGUGUAGACCUUACCGUGAAAUGCUUACUUACAAGCCCUUAACCAACAAUGCAGAGUAAAAAAAAAAAAGGAAGUAAGAACAAUUUGUGAAAAAUAGUAACACAAUAAAAUAACAAUAAGGAGGCUAUAUACAAGGGGUACUGGUACUGAGUCAAUGUGCAGGGGUACGGGGUAGUCAAGGGAAUUUAGGUAAUAUGUACAUGUAGGUAUGGGUAAAGUGACUGCAUAGAUAAUAAACAGAGCGUAGCAGCAACUAAUGUGAAGAGUGUGAAGGAAUGUGUGUUUGUGUGUGUUGGAGUGUCAGUGUGGUAUAUGUGAAUGUGUGGUUAGAGUCCAGUGAGGAGUGUACAUCGAGCCUGUGCAAGAGAGUCAGUGCAAAAAUUAAUAAUAAAUAAGGAGGUCAAUGCAAAUAGUCUGGGUAGCCAUUUGAUUAACUGUUCAGCAGUCUUAGAAGCUGUUAAGGAGCCUUUUGGUCCCAGACUUGGCACUCCGGUACCGCUUGCCAUGCGGUAGCAGAGAGAACAGUCUAUGACUUGGGUGACUGGAGACAUUGCCAAUUUUUAGGGCCUUCCUCUGACACCGCCUGGUAUAGAGGUCCUGGAUGGCAGGGAGCUCGGCUCCGGUGAUGUACUGGGCCGUACGCACUACCCUCUGUAGCGCCAUGCGGUCGGAUGCCGAGCAGUUGCCAUACCAAGCGGUGACGCAACCAGUCAGGAUGUUCUCGAUGGUGCAGCUGUAUAAAAUCUUUUCAGCCUCCUGAGGGGGAAUAGGCGUUGUUGUGCCCUCCUCAAGACUUUGUUGGUGUGUUUGGACCUUGAUAGGUCCUUAGUGAUGUGGACACCAAGGAACUUGAAGCUCUCGACCCGCUCCUCUACAGCCCUGUCGAUGUGAAUGGGGGCGUGCUCGUGUGUGUACUUCAGCUCAGCCUCGGAUAGUUAAAGGUUUCCCCCCUUCCCCUUGGCCUUGACAAUAGGAUGUAGGCUACAGACAGGCAGACAGUAGAUACUAGGCCUACUAUAUAUCCCCUGCCUCCUGAUAACAUUGUGUUGUUGUUGUUGUGUCCCUCCAGGUUUGUCCUGUCAGGGAACCUGCAUGGUGGCACUGUGGUGGCCAGCUACCCCUUUGAUGACUCGGCCUCCCACAAGAUGCAGGGUUACUACAGCCGCUCUGUGGACGACAACCUGUUUAAACACCUGGCGCUGACCUACGCCAAGAACCACCCCGUCAUGAGGACUGGGGAGCCCAAGUGCCCAGAUACCCCCGACGAGACUUUCGAGGAUGGCAUCGUCAACGGGGCAAAGUGGUACGAUGUACCCGGUAAGACUUUUUCUUCCUUAACUAUCAGACCACUGAUGAUGCUCUUUGGGGAGCAAAGGUCAUGUUCUUUUUCCUUCUUAGUUUGUUGAAAAAGAGGGUAUGGUUCACACACAGCAGCUCCAGUAUCUUCCUUUUGUGAUUUCUAAUGUAUUUUCUUCUCUUCUUUGUAAUUUGUUUCCUUGUCUUUCCAUUUCUUGAAAAGCUUCUUCAGCUGCUUUUUUUGAUAGUUUAACUCAUUAUCCCACCUCAUCUCUCUCAGAAAAAUCGCACAUUAUUGUUGAAACAGAGAGCGGAGUGCUGGGUUGCCAUGACGAUUAAGUCCAUUGGGGUUUAUUUUGAAUUUUUCUCUCUUCCCAGAGACUGAUGACAUCAUGUGGUAA